CAAGGAAGUGCUGUCAGGUGUGGCAUACUUUGUACCAGUUCCUCAUUGUUGCAACCUGCCAGACUGCAAAAGGCUGAGUUUGGUGAUAAAGGGUAAUGAUUGCCAGAGAACUGCUGAUGAGUCACAAGCUCUGUCAGAAGAGGAAGCAUGGGAACACAUCCCAGCUGGAGGACUGGGGAACGUUCACCCCUAACGCGAGUCCUUAUGCGUCCCAUAUGGCUCCAUUGACUUUGUUUCACUGGCAAAUCCAGCAGGAAGCGCAAAGGUUUGAAGGUGUCUCUCCUGAGAUGCUGAUCAAGCAGGACGUAGAUGGCGACACAUGUCUUCACAUCGCUGUAGCUCAAGGUAGGAGAGCUCUGGCCUACGUUCUGGCUGCAAAGAUGGCAGGCUGGGGUGCUUUGGAGGUGAAGGAGCACAACGGACAGACGGCUCUUCAGGUAGCAGCGGCUGCCAAUCAGCACCUGAUUGUCCAAGACCUGCUGAUGCACGGUGCGCACAUCAACACCAGAGACGCAUGGGGCCGCUCACCUUUACACGUGUGUGCUGAGAAAGGAUUCUACCAAAGUCUUCAGAGCAUCUGGAAGACUCGGUCAGGCUAUGGACAGCCGAUAGAUACAGAAAUCUUCAACUAUGACGGCCUAACUGCCCUCCAUGUUGCCAUCCUGUCCCACAACGCUGUUGAGAGCGAGUGGCGGGCUCUCGGUCCCACACGUGCACACAUGCACGGGGACCUGCUGCAAAGGAAACACGCCUAUGCUCAAUGUGUGGAGACCCUCUUGAACAUGGACGCCUCCUGUGGGACAAAGGAUCUAAAAAGUGGACGGACGUGUUUGCACAUGGCCGCCCAAGAAGCCAACGUCCAUCUGCUGAAUAUCCUCCUCAAUCAGCCGUCUGCAAUGAGCAGCGUCAACCAUAAGACGUUCAGCGGGAACACGGCCCUGCACGUCGUCAGCUCCUUGCAAAACCACCCAACUCAGCUGGAGGCCGCGGCCUUACUAAUGACAGCAGGAGCCAACCCCGGGGUGAGAAACAUGGACAAUGAGCUGGCCUGUCAGUUGGCGCCCGAGGGAGCCGCUGGGGAGAAGGUGCGUCAGCUGGUGGGAGGCCAGCAUACUGCAUACUGAGUGCUGCAACAGACCACUGUCAGUCAGACAGUCUUAUCCUGAAGAUAUUUGCCCCGCCCACAAGGCAGAUGUUGGUUGUUUCGGUGAAACAAAUCAUCCUGAUGUAAAACUCCAUGAGCAAUCAUGUCAUUUGUUUUCUGCUUCGUCAUGCUUUUCUGUAGAAGCAAUAAAGUUAUUGUACAGACCAGGGCUGACCCACUUUGGCCCGCGGCACAUUGUAAAACUGUCUUUACACUCUAACCGUGGAAAAAUCAGCAUGUAUAUUACAAGAAUAAAGUGAACAUUUUAAAAGGAAAA